UGAGAAUAGAGACGCUGUAGUUGUGAACCUUAUCUUUGACUACCGCUUUCAGCGCCCUCAGAUACGCGGACUGACGUACAGAGGAGGUGGUAUUGUUGAACCGUGGAUAACGCAUCCUGAGGACUGCUGAUCCUUUGCGGAGUUUGUUCCAUUUGGCAGCCUGGGAAUAUCGACCCUUUAACUGGAUUUUAUGUGCAAUAUGACUUUUGAAGAGUUUAGUGGAGAUCACUCUGCAGAAAGGAUGGACUCUGUGGCCAGUGCUCUGGAGGAGGUGCUCAGCUCUGCGGCGCCGCAGGGAUGCGUUACGGUGGGGGUGUACGAAGCAGCGAAGUGGCUCAACGUGAACCCGGACAACGUGGUGCUGUGCGUCCUGGCCACGGACGAGGACGACGUGGAGAGCGUGGCUCUGCAGAUCCACUUCACGCUCAUCCAGGCAUUCUGCUGCGAGAACGACAUCAACAUCCUGCGGGUGAACAACAUGCGGCGCCUGGCGGACAUCCUGGGAGACUUCGGCCCCGGGGGCGAGCCGGCCGACCUGCACUGCGUCUUAGUCACCAAUCCUCACCCUGCUACUUGGAAAGAUCCGGCUCUAAGCAAGGUAAACCGGUUCUGCAGGGAGAGCCGCGGUUUGGAUCAGUGGGUGCCCAUCAUCAAUCUCCCUGAGCGAUGAUGGAGGAUCUAGACCAAGGACUCCAACACUGGAAGAGAUGCACUGGAUUUGUGUGACGCAACAGCAGCCCGCUCAGGAGAGGAUUCCCACAAACUGAUGAUGAAAUUCACAAAAAUAAAAAAGGGGAAACAUUGACGGACAGAGAGAGAGCAGUCUCGGUGAGAGAGGGGUGGAUUUCGGCCCGACUGGAGGAGUCACAUUCCUAGCCUGGCACAGGGAGCGGAGAUUCAGGAAGGAGUCCAUGUGGCCUCAGGAAGAGGCGCCGCACAGGAAGUGGGGGCGGGGCGGGGGGGUGCAGGCAGGGCCUGGGAGCAGACCAGAGCCUGCGGAUCAGGACUGAGCCCCUGGCUGGAUUACAGGGGAACCAGACAACAUACGGAGAUGUUCAGAUGUGCCAUUACAGCAGUUUUUAUCAUUGAAUGAAUGCUGUUUUGUUGUUGUUGUUGUUGCUGUUGUUGUUGUUGUUGUUAUUAUUAUUAUUAUUAUUAUUAUUUAAAAGGGAAGAUCUAUAAUGUCAGUGUGCAGGACAAGUUAUGGUCUUUCAUAUUUUACAGGAACUGUUUCACAAGUUUUUUUUUUUUUUUUUUUAAGUUAUUUUGCUUAUAUUGAAAUGUAUUUAUGUUGUAGUUACUAUGAAGCCCCCUGUAAAGCAGUGACACUGAUGCAUUUUGUCCAAUAAAAUGUUUUGCACAAAA